GGGCUGAGCUGAGCAGGUUACACAGCACGUCUCGAGACUCGCUGCACACCUGGAGCGUCAUUUACGCGCGCUGUGAAAGAGCCAGCGAGAUUUACCUGCCGGAGGUGGGAGAAAACACCUACCUGGCAGCGCAGAGGUGGAGGAGAACCUGGGGAAAUGAUCCCGAACGACUCGUCUGAUGGGGAGGAAAACUUGACUGGGAUGUAAACGCGGACUAUCGAUUUCUAAUCAGGAGUGUUUUCAUCUCCGCGAUGAUGCCGACUGAGAGCUCCCUCCUAACUCACCUGCUCCUUCAGCUCCCCCUCACCUUCUCACUCCUCCACGCUCCUCCGGCCCACGUCCCCGCGCUGGUCCCUCACACUCCGACGCCUCUCACCCGCUCCCAUUUCAGCGCUCACACUCAGCUGGAUUUCACCACUCACUGCAACUCAAGCUGCUUCCACAGAGGAGAGCAGGAGGAGAAGAAGGAGCAGCUCACGGAGAAACUGGCAUUUGAGACGCUGUACGCUGACGGCUCGCGCACUCUGACCAUGGUAGAUGUGGAGGAUGAUGGAGAGUUUGGAGGAGCUCACCCUACACCCCACAGAGGUCCGGGAGCAAAGCCCAGGCACAAGCGUGUGAGACGGCAGAUCUAUGGAGCAGAUGGCCGUUUUAACAUCCAAGGUGACAACUUCCUGUUGGAUUACCCUUUCUCCACAGCUGUGCGGAUCUCCACUGGCUGCACCGGUGUUCUCGUGUCUCAGCAGCACGUCCUCACAGCUGCACACUGUGUACACAAUGGGAAGGAUUAUGUCAAUGGGGCGCGAAGGCUCAGGGUGGGCUUUCUGAUCCCUCCAUCCAUCAAUGGCACAAAAACACACUUCACUUCUACCAAGAAGCCUCUGGUCCACUGGGUGCGGGUGAAACGCACCCGUGUGCCAAAGGGUUGGAUCCAGGGUCCCCAGGAGGUCAGCAUGGAGUUUGAUUAUGCCCUGCUGGAGCUGCGUUGGCCUCACCGCCGUCCCUUCAUGCGCCUCUCUGUGGCUCCCUCUUCUGAUGAUCUGGCAGGGCAUCGCAUCCACUUCUCUGGUUUUGACAGCGACAGGCCUGGGCAGCUUGUGUACCGGUUUUGUCCUGUUGAAGAAGAGUCCAACGACCUGAUAUAUCAGCACUGCGAUGCUCGACCUGGAGCCAGCGGCUCUGGAGUGUAUGGCCGAGUGUGGGACAACAAUUUAGAACGCUGGGAAAGGAAGGUUAUCGGCAUCUUCUCUGGACACCAGUGGCUGGAGAUAGACGGUGAAAACCGGGAUUACAACGUGGCCGUGCGCAUCACUCCUUUGAAGUUCGCUCAGAUCUGUUACUGGGUUCACGGAAACCGGCUAGACUGUGUCCAGGACUGAGAAACACCAAAGGCUGGGGGGGUGAAAACAUAACAUGAAAAAUACAAGAAAACUCAGAAUGACUCCAAAAUCACACACACACACACACAGGGUGAAAUGUCUGAAAUAAAAGAGCAAAGCAGGCUUUUGGAUCCAUUUCCACACACAGUUAUUUCUCUCCUGUCUUUAAUUUGCUCCCUGUAACCUCUGGGCCUAUUAAAUAAAUCAGCCUGUGAGAUCAUCACCGCAGCAUCUUUUAAUAUGUUUUCACUCGCAGUCAAAUUAAUAAGUCAGUGUUUCCACAGCAUUAACAUAAGCCACUUUUAACAAGAGGGGGAAAAAACACUGUAACUCUUGUGUGUGUCAGUAGCUGCAGAUUAUUUUCCUACUGUGGAUGACUGUAAUCCACUGAAGCUGUAUUUCCAUCUUUCCUGCUCUGGCUUUGGGGACCUGAUUUUGCUAUUUUUAGAGCACAGACAGUUUGUUGUCCUUAGAGUGGACUCGUAACAGAGAGUUUUGACUUUAUUUUAUUUUUUAAGAAAUGCUUGGUAUAUUUUAAUAAACAGA